GAAGGAAGAGGAAGUGCGAGUCGCAGCCGGCGGGUGCGCGUCGCUUUGCUGGAGCCUGAUGAUGAUGAUGGGCUAGAGGCAGCCGGAGCGGCACCAAAACAAGCGGCGAACUCCAGCGGCGGCGGCGGCGCUUGCACGGCCGGAGCGGAGGCGCUAACUGCUGGGCGCGCCAGCCCCCGCGGCGGGGCGGCCAACUUCCCCCGCUGCACUUUGGGGCUCGACCGACGCCCGCCGGCAGGAGCUGCGUUUUGCAGGAGCUGUGAAUGAAAGAGCUACUCUUCAGCCUUUGACAUUCAAUUUUACAAGUGUUAAAGAACAGUGAUAACGAAAAUGCCACCUCCAGCUGAUAUCGUGAAAGUAGCUAUAGAAUGGCCCGGUGCCUUUCCCAAGUUGACAGAAAUUGACCAGAAAAAGCCAUUGUCUGCAAUAAUAAAGGAAGUCUGUGAUGGGUGGUCUCUUUCUAACCACGAGUAUUAUGCCCUGCAGCAUGCUGAUAGCUCCAAUUUCUACAUCACCGAAAAGAACCGUAAUGAAAUUAAAAACGGAACGAUACUUCGACUAACUACAUCACCAGCCCAGACUGCCCUGCAGCUCCACGAGAGGAUCCAGUCUUCUAGUAUGGACGCCAAGUUGGAAGCGCUGAAAGACUUAGCUGGGUAUUCACGCGACGUAACGUUUGCUCAAGAAUUUAUCAAUCUAGAUGGCAUUUCACUACUUACGCAGAUGGUGGAAAGCGGCACCGAACGAUAUCAGAAAUUACAGAAGAUAAUGAAGCCCUGCUUUGGAGAUAUGUUGUCCUUCACGCUGACUGCCUUUGUUGAGCUGAUGGAUCAUGGAAUAGUAUCCUGGGACACAUUCUCGGUGGCUUUCAUAAAGAAGAUAGCAAGCUACGUGAACAAAUUUGCUGCUGAUGUUGCCAUUUUGCAACGAUCAUUGGCCAUCUUGGAGUCAAUGGUGCUGAACAGCCAUGACCUGUAUCAUAAGGUGGCCCAGGAAAUUACCAUUGGCCAAUUAAUCCCACAUCUUCAAGGGGCUGAUCAAGAAAUUCAGACAUAUACCACGGCGGUGAUAAAUGCACUUUUCCUCAAAGCACCUGAUGACAAGAGACAGGAAAUGGCGAACAUUUUGGCACAGAAACAGCUUCGAUCAAUCAUCUUGACUCAUGUCAUCAGAGCUCAGAGAGCCAUCAAUAACGAAAUGGCCCAUCAGCUGUAUGUGCUGCAGGUGCUCACUUUUAAUCUAUUGGAAGAUAGAAUGAUGACCAAAAUGGACCCUCAAGACCAAGCUCAGAGGGAUAUCAUAUUUGAACUCCGAAGGAUUGCUUUUGAUGCUGAAUUGGAACCCAACAACAGCGGCGGCAACGUUGAGAAGCGCAAGUCCAUGUACACUCGGGAUUACAAAAAACUCGGCUUCAUUAAUCAUGUGAACCCAGCCAUGGAUUUCACGCAGACUCCUCCGGGGAUGCUGGCCCUCGACAACAUGCUGUACUUCGCCAAGCACCACCAAGACGCUUACAUACGGAUUGUCUUGGAAAACAGCAGCCGAGAAGACAAGCACGAGUGCCCCUUUGGUCGAAGUAGUAUUGAGUUGACUAAACUGUUGUGUGAAAUCCUGAAAGUAGGAGAGUUACCCAGUGAGACCGGCAAUGAUUUCCACCCCAUGUUCUUCACGCAUGAUAGGUCAUUUGAAGAGUUCUUCUGCAUUUGUAUCCAGCUGUUGAAUAAGACAUGGAAGGAGAUGAGAGCGACAUCGGAAGACUUCAACAAGGUAAUGCAAGUGGUGAAAGAACAAAUAAUGAGAGCACUGACCACAAAGCCUAGUUCUCUGGAUCAGUUCAAAAGUAAACUCCAAAACCUAAGCUACGCAGAAAUUCUGAAAAUCCGCCAGUCCGAGAGAAUGAACCAGGAAGACUUCCAGUCUCGUCCAAUUUUGGAGCUAAAGGAGAAGAUUCAACCUGAAAUUCUGGAGCUAAUUAAGCAGCAGCGUCUGAAUCGCCUAGUCGAGGGAACCUGCUUUAGGAAACUUAACAGUCGACGGCGGCAAGACAAGUUUUGGUAUUGCCGACUCUCGCCCAACCACAAAGUUUUGCACUAUGGAGACUUAGAAGAGAGUCCCCAGGGAGAGGUUCCCCAUGAUUCAUUGCAGGACAAACUGCCUGUAGCAGAUAUAAAAGCAGUUUUGACAGGGAAAGAUUGCCCUCACAUGAAGGAGAAAGGAGCCCUUAAACAAAACAAGGAGGUGCUUGAGCUUGCUUUCUCUAUACUUCAUGACUCAAAUGGACACUUGGAUUUCAUCGCUCCUGACAAGCAUGAGUACUGUGUGUGGACAGAUGGACUCAAUGCCCUUCUUGGAAAGGACAUGAUGAGUGAACUGACACGCAAUGACAUGGACACUCUACUCAGUAUGGAGAUUAAGCUUCGUCUCCUGGACCUGGAGAACAUACAAAUCCCCGACGCUCCCCCGCCCAUUCCAAAGGAGCCAAGCAACUAUGACUUUGUUUACGACUGUAACUAAAGCUACUCGACCUGCUGAGAACUUUACAUUCAAACUGGAAUUCUUAUAACUGGAAAGAUCUUUAUUGUUGUUGUUUUUUAAAGAGAGAAAGGAGAACAAGAUAUUCUCAUUGGACUUCUUUCGGGGGGGACCAUAAAGUGUUUAUUUCUCCCCAUCCCACACCUUGCUGCCUACCCUGCUCUCUCACCCAGUCCUCCGUGUUUGCUAGUCAAAACGCUGCUGUCAUUAGCCAUCAGGCAAGAUCAAAUGAGAUGCCCAGAGAGAAUCUUCCUUGUUUCUAAAAUGCUGGCAAAUAUGUUUGAAUUUUGAAAAGGACUUCCUGGCCAAAAUGCUUGACCACCAAAGUAAAUCCAGUAAUGUAGGUGCUCUCCCUGGAAGGGAAGAAAUAAGAGAAGAGGUGGAGAGACUCUCAAUUGAGGGCUGUGAGAGAUGUCUCUUCCCACUCUAUACCUAUGACAGAAUCGGCACAAUAUCUGGCUUCAGUGAAAAUGGAGAUUUAUGAACUGCUUUCAACUUCUACACAAUUGUUCUCAUAGUUCACCAUUAUCACCAUUUCCAUUAACACCAGCAACUUCCCUAUUUGUGCUGUGUCAUGUGACUGUUUCUUAAGAUGGAAGCUUUUUCCACCAAUCAUUUCUAACCUCUUAAUAGCUACAUCUUAACGAGUCCCCUCUGCGACCAAUUUUGGCUCCAUUUUAUGAACCCGGUUAUGGUUUUAUGUCCCUGUUAUGUACUUACACAUAAUUGAAACGGGUGAGUUGGGGUGUGUUUUGGUUUGUGUUGGUUUUGUUCAGGUUGGGAUUAUAGUGUGUCCAGAGCAGCAGUUGCCAUGGAGACCGAAAACUGCCACGGGUUCCAGCCUGUAUCCCAGAAACUGGAGGGAGUUGCAGAUUUACCAGAGAUUUGUUUUUGUACAAAACAUUUGAAUGGUUUUUGCCAAAAAUAUAUAUUUAAGGAAAAAGAAGUGUAUUGUGUGUACUUUAAAAAAAAAUCUGCGUUUUUGUUUUUAAUUUUGAGGCUGCCCCCCCGAUCAUUUGAUCCGGGGGUAAGCGAAAAAAUGCACCAACAUUCCCAUUGACAUUGCUGUUGAAUAAAAUUGGACUUGUGCUUA